AUAAAUCCCCAUUGCCCUCUUUCUUCGGACGCAAAUCCUCUGCAGCUCAAAGUCAAACCUUCCUCCGCCCACCUCCGAUCACCCAUGGAUUUCUUCCGCCACGCCAAGACCGUCCGCCUUCGCAGCCACCACGACAAGUACCUCGUCGCCGACGACGACGAGGAGUCCGUCGCCCAAGACCGUAACGGAUCCUCCAAAAAUGCUCGCUGGUCCGUCGAGUUUGCAUCCGCCGCCGCCUCCGACUCAAUCAUCCGUCUCAAGAGCUGCUACGGCAAGUACCUCACGGCCAGCAAUCAGCCCUUUUUGCUCGGAAUGACCGGCCGGAAAGUCCUCCAGACCCUUCUCCGGCGGCUCGAUUCCUCCGUCGAGUGGGAACCCAUCAGAGAAGGGACCCAGGUCAAGUUCAAGACCCGAUAUGGCAACUUCUUGAGAGCCAACGGGGGUCUGCCACCGUGGCGAAAUUCGGUCACCCACGACAUUCCCAGUAGAACCGCCACGCAGGAUUGGAUCCUCUGGGAUAUCGACGUUAUUGAGAUUCAAGUCCAAUCUUCAACUCAUAAAAUUCCCACGAUUGAGCACAUGGAUUCUCUGGAUUUUAAUCCCAGCUCACCUCCUUCGGCGUCUGCCRAAUCGGCAAAUUACUCUAGACUAGAGUCCACUGAUUCAACGGUCAGAUCACCUCCCAAAUCUGAAGGAAGGACCAUAUACUACCAUGUGGCGGAUGAAAGUGGAGACGUAUAUGAAGAGACGGUGGAGGGUUCUUGCUUUACAUUCAAAGGAAAUGGGGUGGAGGAACUGACUCAUAAAUUGGAGGAAGAAACAGGGAUUGAAGGCAUCAUCGUGUGUACUCGCAGUCCAUUGAAUGGAAAUCUUUAUCCCCUUCGCCUGCAACUUCCUCCCAAUAAUGCAACCAUGCAUGUGGUUGCAGUUCCCGAGUCAUCUAAAGCCGGAAAGGAAUUUUCAAAGCAACGUUUGUUAUGACAUCUAUGGGGCUGACUGCUAUUUACUGAUAUGCAUUGGGAACAAGAGAUUGUGGCUGUUACACGCACCAGACAAGUCUCACAUUGGUUCAGACACUCAGAUUCUGAUUCUUAUUUGGCAUUACAACACAGGAAGGUUCAAGCCAUCCAUAGAAGAUUAUAUAAGUCGAUUUUGCUUCUGUAGUGUUCAAAUUUUUUUUUUUGUUUCUUUUUUGCAUCUUCUAACUACUUGUUAAUUAGGGGUUCCCAGAAGAUGUGAAUAUUUCCCCCUUUCUUAAAGUUUCCUUGUGAUAGAUGUAGUUUUCCAUACCAGUCAUUGCAGCCGAAUUUAGGAAGCCUUUUGUAUUAUUUAAAUGAAAAAACUUAAGUUCUAUGCA